AUGCGCAGUUACAGCAGCACUGCUGCAGCACGAAACCCUAACAGAUUCAAACCCUCCUCACACGGGGGCCCCCCGGGGGGGGGCCCCCCACACGGGGGCCCCCCAGAGGGGCCCCCUAAGGGGCUUCUUGAGGGGCCCCCCGAGGAGGGGGCCCCGGAGGGGGGGCCCCCGGGGGGGCCCCUAGAGGGGCCCCCAGAGGGGGGCCCCCACAGGGAACUCUUCGAGGGGCCCCCUGAAGGGGGGCCCCUGGAGUGGGGGGCACCAGGGGGGCCCCCAGAGUGGGGGCCCCCAGGGGGGCCGCUGGAGUGGGGGCCCCCAGGGGGGCCCCCGGGGGGGCCCCUAGAGGGGGGGCCCCACCGGGGACUCCUUGAGGGGCCCCCUGAGGUGGGGGUCUUAGAAGGGGGGGAGGAGAAGCGGCCGAGAUGCAGCAGCAGCGAAAGUUAUGACUGCAGCAGCAGCAGCAGCAGCAGCAGCAGCAACAGCAGCAGCAGCAGCAACAGCAGCAGCAGCAGCAGCAAGCAGCAGCAGCAGCAGCAGCAGCAGCAACAGCAGCAGCAGCAGCAACAGCAGCAGCAGCAGCAGCAAGGAGAAAUUAAACGACCUACCGGAGGAGCCUCCUAUUGGCGGUCUAGGGCCAGAAAUGUAACAGCAACAGCAGCAGCAACAGCAGCAGCAGCAGCAGCAGCAGCAGCAGCAACAGCAGCAGCAGCAGCUGCUGCAGCUGCUGCUGCAGCAAGAGGAGGAUUGGCAGCAAGAGCCGUCGGCGCAGCCGCCGUAUGCGCAGUGCUGCCCAGCUGA